UCGCAGGUAAGUUCCAUGCCAGCGAUGCGAAGCCAACCCGAUAAAGGGGGCUCUCGCCCACUAACCUAGUAUACCAUACCGAGAUUUCCCAACGAAAACUGCGGUACGUAUUAUUCGGGCCUCACCGAGCCCUGCGGACUUACACGCACCCGUCGACCACACUCACAGCGUCACAAGAUGGCCUUCAAGUCUGGGCUACUUGGUCGACUACUAUGCGUCCUUCUUCUCCUACGACCACUUCUUGCCGUCGAGACCGUCAGCAAAUUUGGGGAGGAAUGGCCCCAUCCGUGUGUUCGGAAUUGCCUCGGCAACGUUCCAGAUUACGACAAUAUCGGAUCUGCGCUACAGUGCGGAACCCCUUUCUACAAUGAGUGUUACUGCGCCACGGCGACAGCAUCCGCAUCGAAGGCCACGUCCUUUCUGGAGUCAUGUGCCUCGGCGUGGUGCAAUGGCGGCGACGUCACGGUGGACCUCCGGGCGAUGCAGUCCAACUACGCGUCGUAUUGCAUGGAGAACGGCUUCACGCAACCUGGAGCUACGGCCUGGUACAAUUCCGCCACGGAAACUGGUGCUCCAGCCCCGGGCAGCACCGGGGAGACCGACCCAGCUUCCACCACGACACGAGUCUCGAUGGUCACGCAAACGACACCAUCUGACUCCAGUGGCGACUCCUCUUCACAGCCGCCGGUGACCACCAUCGACACCACUUCCACAGUCUGGGUCAACGCCGCUGGCUCUGUCGUCCCCGGUCCGUCCUCCGACGGCAACACGAACAAUCUUGCGCUGGCCCUUGGAUUGGGAAUUGGAAUUCCCCUAGCCUUCGCAGUAGCAGGUUUCGGAAUAUGGAUGUGCAUUUGGAGAAGACGCAGAAGGCAACCGAGGCCCCUCAUAUCAAUGGUUGAUGAACCGGCAGGUCCUCAGUCCUUCCGAGUCAUCUCACGAAAGCCAGUCACGACCGCAAGCAGGACUGAAAGUCUGUCCAGUACUCCUAGGACGCCGGAGCUAGGAGGCGAGGGCAUACGCCGGGAGCUGGACGGGAACGAGCUCUAUGAACUGCACGGUGUGGGCAGGUAGACAGAGCCUCGAGGCGAGCCGAGAAUCCCGCCGCCCCAGCAUUAUCAGGCGGCGGUUAUCUUUGUGACACGGCUAGGCCGUAAUCAUUGGGAGGUAUCAGUUACCGUAAGAGACCACGGAGUCACGGACCUUUAAUCGCCUGGCGGAGAUACCUUGAGAUACUCAAGUAGAUAACUAGCUAACUACUGCCCAAACCAUAAAAGCUCCAGCAGUAGGUACCAAUAUAGAAACGGCUCGCUGUUUACCUCGGUACAUG